GCUGCCUACAAGGACUCCCCUCCGGGGGGCGAGCCGGGGGGUCACCCCCACGCCCCCGACCCCUUCCGCAGCACACCGCCCUGCGUUGAGCCCCCCCUGUCCCGCGCUGACGGGCGUGAGCUGAUGUACCGCUGGAUGAAGCACGAGCCCCUGGGCCCCUACCUGGAUGAGGGGGAGGCUGAGAAGGAGUUGGAGCGGGAGGAAAAGGCUGAGUCACCCCCCGCGGCGCCGCAGCCCCGCUACCCCAGCGGGGGGAUUCCUGAUAACAGCACGAGCGAGGAGACGGGCAGCAGCGAGGGCCCCUCACCCGGCGACGCGCUGGACCGCUACUGCAACCACCUGGGCUACGAGCCGGAGAGCCUGGGCGACAACCUGUACGUCUGCAUCCCCUGUGGGAAGGGCUUCCCCAGCUCCGAGCAGCUCAACGCCCAUGUGGAGGCCCACAAUGAAGAGGAGCUCUACCACAAGGCAGCGGCCGAGCAGGCUGUGCCCUUCCUGGACAAGGGUGGCGCGGGGCUUGGUGACAUCCUGCGGCCGUACCGCUGCUCCUCCUGUGACAAAUCCUACAAGGACCCAGCCACGCUGCGGCAGCACGAGAAGACGAACCGGCUGACGUACCCCUGCACCAUCUGCGGCAAGAAGUUCACGCAGCGCGGCACCAUGACCCGCCACAUGCGCAGCCACCUGGGCCUCAAGCCCUUCGCCUGCGACGCGUGCGGGAUGCGCUUCACCCGCCAGUACCGCCUGACCGAGCACAUGCGCAUCCACUCGGGCGAGAAGCCCUACGAGUGCCAGGUGGGCGUCGGGAAGUUCGCCCAGCAGCGCAACCUCAUCAGCCACAUGAAGAUGCACGCGGCCGGCCCGGAUGGCAAAGCCAAGCUGGACUUUCCCGACAGCGUCUACGCCAUGGCCCGCCUCACCGCCGACCAGCUGGGGCUCAAGCAGGAGAAGGCGGCCGAACUGCUCUCCCACACCUCGCACUUCCUCAGCGACCCCAAGGCCAUGGAGAGCCUCUACCCUCUGGCCAAGUUCACGGCUGAGCACCUGGGGCUGAGCCAGGACAAGGCGGCCGAGGUGCUGGCGCAGGCUCCGCACCUCCACGCCGAGGCUGCCCGGACCAUAGAGAGAUACUCGCCUCCCUAG